AUGGAUGGUGCAUUGGUGUGGGAGAAAUGUCUGAUGACAAUUAUCCUCUUUUUUGUUACUCUAAUAUUUACAUUUCUACCUUGGGUUUUGAAGAGCUCUAACUCCCCAAAAUGGCGCACUUCCGUGUUGUCGCUUUGCACUUGUCUCGCUGGUGGUGUGAUAGUUGGUUCUCUAUUUUUCCAUUUGAUUCCAGAAACGUUGAUCAAUGUCCAUUCGGUAAGCAUUGCACCUGCUCAUGGAAAAUCCAAUCCAAUCGCUCAUGAUUGCAGGUUGCAUGACCAUUCACUCGGAUGCUCCCACCAUCAAGGCGCUGAAUCACAUUCCCACUCAGUUCACGACCAUGCUGAUGAUUGCUGCGAAGAGCCUUUUCAAUGGGGUUCUUUAGUAUUUGGCCUUUCAUUUUUCGGGCUUUUAGCCAUUGAUAGGUUGCUCUUGGCUCAUCGCAAUUGUGCCGAGCCCUCUUCAUCACCGAUAAAGGAAAAAUUAAAAUCCAGUCCCAGCUCUGCGCAUAAAGUUUGUUGCUCCUCAAAAAAUGACAACCACAGCCACCAUGCACCAUCUUCAGUUCAAAGCCAGGCAGGUUUCGGCGAGCCAUUGAAAUCAACCCCAAAUCAACCUUCCUCCUCUCAAGAGUGCCAUAGUGUAAAUGCCUUUGGAGGCUGUCAUGUCGAGGGAUUAGAACAAGGGUCCUCAAAAGUGCAGUCGUUAUUUUUUGUUUUGGCCCUUUCAGUUCACUCCUUUGUUGAGGGCCUAGCCGUGCAAUCGAUAUCAACGGCGCCUGCCAUGUUUUCCUUUUGCAUUUCACUUUUUUCGCACAAAUGUUUGGAGGCUCUUGCCCUCGGCAUUAGCGUGUAUAAAGCCAAAUUCUCCAUCUCUCACUCGAUCAUUUUGGGAUUUAUUUACUCUUGCCUAACGCCACUUGGAAUCCUGAUUUCAAUUGGACUGCAAGAGACCUCUAUUUCCGGCCCUGUCCUUGCAGCGGUGGUAAAUGGGCUUGCCGCCGGAUCUUUUCUCUUUGUCGCCGUUAUAGAAAUGAUAAUCCCGGAACUGCACACCUAUUCGUCAUCUACGCCAGCAAAGUUUCUUGUCCUGAUUUGCGGAUUUCUCGGAAUGGCUGCUGUAUCCCUUUUUCCCCACGCACAUACCCAUUGA